AGCUCACCUCUCCGUCAGCGCCUCACGAGGAUAAUGCCACGCAGCGACGAAGCCCAGGCUUUCUUCCAUGCCGUCUACAGCGCUGUACAAGAGAUCCCACCUGGUAAAGUGACCAGCUACGGUCACAUUGCCAAACUGGUCGGCACUCCCCAGCGUCCUCGCCAGGUCGGCGUCUGCCUCAAACACCUGCCAUCGGACCCGUCGGCGCGCUUCAACCACGACAAUGUGCCGUGGCAGCGGGUGAUCAACGCCAAGGGCAUCAUCUCGCCUCGGUCUCAGCCGUCAGGGGCGCGGAACCAGGCUGCCGCGCUGGAAGCCGAGGGCGUGACUGUGACGAGGAGCGCGCUGGGAGAGUUCAUGGUCGAUUUUGCCGAGUAUGGGUGGUUCCCCCGCAUCUUGCCUUCCGAAGAGGGGCAGGGUUUAGAUGUAUCUGAUGAGGGGGAUGACGAGGACGAGGAAGCACGAGACAUUUAGGAACGGCAUGAGUUUACACAAUGGGACCAGAUAGAUGUAAGGCGCUGUAGAGAUUGAUGGAGUGUAUUCUGGAUGCUGCUCAAGUAGCAUCAUCAUAACUGGCCAAGAGAGGCAACCACCACCCCCCCCAAAUAAAUAUGCGAACUCGAUUGACCGUCCAUAGCACUUCCCUUCCCAACAAGAUCAGGAGAGCAAGGACUGGCAGGUAACCUGGCUUGGAAGAACUGUCAGCAGUGAACAACCAGGUCAAUGCCAAAACAGAACAAAGGAAUGAAGCU